GCAAGUGUUUCAGCAGUCGUUUGGGAGAGACAGAAGAGGACUGUGACUAAGUGGCUUUUGACAGAUUUGAACAUGAGAAAAUGAUUGGGCUAAAUGGCGAGCAAAUGGACUAUUUGAAGCAUUUGGUUUGAUCACCAGGAGGGACUCUGCAGAGGAUAACCCACAGGGUAUCUGCUGGGCAUCUUGGUAGCCUCAGACUCUUCCCUGAUAUGGAACAAAAUGAAGGUGAACAGGAAUCCCAGCCAGAGAGCCACGUGGAGAGCAAGAGCAUCGUGAAAUCCUUGCCUGGGGGAGCAGCCCAUGUCAAACUAGAGAUAAAAAAACAUGCAGUUACGGAUGACUACAAACUCUCCAAACGGGUGUUAGGGUUAGGAAUCAAUGGCAAAGUACUGGAGUGUUUCAACAAGGAGACGGGGCAGAAAUGUGCUUUGAAGCUCCUGUACGACAACCCAAAAGCUCGUCAGGAAGUAGAAUAUCACUGGCGGGCCUCAGGGUGUCCCCAUAUUGUCCACAUCCUGGAUGUUUAUGAGAACAUACACCACGGAAAGAGAUGCCUCCUCAUUGUCAUGGAAUGCAUGGAGGGAGGAGAGCUGUUUAGCAGGAUCCAGGAGAGAGGAGAUCAAGCUUUCACCGAGAGAGAGGCUUCUGAAAUAAUGAGAGACAUCGGAACAGCCAUCCAGUAUCUUCAUUCAAUGAACAUUGCCCAUAGAGACGUCAAGCCUGAAAACUUGCUUUACACAUCUAAAGAGAAGGAUACUGUACUCAAACUCACUGACUUCGGCUUUGCCAAAGAAACCACUGUACAAAAUGCGCUGCAGACCCCUUGUUACACUCCUUACUAUGUGGCUCCAGAAGUCCUUGGUCCUGAGAAGUAUGACAAAUCAUGUGACAUGUGGUCUCUGGGUGUCAUCACGUAUAUUCUCCUGUGUGGCUUCCCUCCAUUCUACUCAAACACUGGACAAGCUAUUUCUCCAGGGAUGAAGAGAAGAAUUCGGAUGGGGCAAUAUGGGUUUCCCAAUCCAGAAUGGGCUGAAGUAUCAGAAGAAGCCAAACAACUGAUUCGCCACUUACUGAAGACUGACCCAACAGAGAGGAUGACAGUUUCUCAGUUUAUGAAUCACCCUUGGAUUAACAGAUCAAUGGCAGUGCCACCAACUCCUCUCCAUACUGCACGGGUCCUGCAAGAGGAUAAAGACCACUGGGAUGAAGUUAAAGAGGAGAUGACCAGCGCUUUGGCUACCAUGAGAGUGGACUAUGAUCAGGUGAAAAUUAAAGACUUGAAAACAUCCAACAACCGCCUUCUGAACAAACGCCGUAAGAAGCAGAAGCAGGCAAGCACCUCUUCUGCAGCCCCAGGGUGCAAUAAUCAAUGAGAAGAGAAGCCAAGGACCUGGGGGUGGAGGGUAAAAGUGUUAAAAGGAACAAUUUAAAAUGAGUACAAUCAACUCAGUUGACUGAGUACCAUGAAUGCACAUAGACUGCAAAGAAGGUAUCCUGCAAAGAGGGAGCAGAGGGAAAGAUUGCAUUUUUGUAACUUGAAUCAGGGCUUUGCUUUUAAAGGCUAAUUUAUGACAUGAUUCAGUUGCAUAUCACUAGGGAAGGUGUAGCAAUACCAGAAAUGUUAUCGGGUUUUGUUUUGGCUUUAAGUGUGUUGGAGGAGUGGAGAGAACAGGAAACAGUCACAGUAUACAUACUACCGCACUGAGGCUUUGAUAGCCAUGUAGAAGAGUGACUUCUGCUACCAUUUUAAGCUAGGGAAUAUAAAAAUGUCAAGUGUUCUGCUUGGAGUGUUUUAGGAGUUCAAACGUGAGUACUGAAAAAGGAGACAAAUGUCACUGCUCUUUAUAUGAGUAGCGCAGGUACAGGUCUACUUUGGAUGCAUGUGGCCAGUGUUUCCAUCCUAGAAUAGGUAAGAAUAGUCAGUGUUUCCAAACUUACCUCCUGUGGUUACAGAAUGUCACCUAAGCAGUAAGCAGUUAUUCCUGUUUUAGGAAAAAACAUCCAUACAUUUCCAUUUUCACAAAGUCCUUCAUGUAGUCCUAUGUGAAGAUUUGGCUUUGUCAUGGUUUCUCAUUCAAAAACAUGUUCGUUUUAUAAACAUAACCAUUAUGUUAUGUCUAUGCCACUGUCAGAUUCCGCUCUUGUAAUGUUCUUAAUUUAAACAGUACUUCAUGCAAAGAGUUUUAAUUAGGAUUUAAUUAGUCAAAAGUAUCCUGCAGAGAAUAUUGCUGCUUCUCUUGGAUCUACAACAUCUAGGUUGUACAACUGGACAUGCAGUUAUAUAUGAGAGACUGCUCUAGAAGAGAGAUUUCUGAAAUUAUGAAGAAACGGCAAGUGCGUGUUUUCUGUGGACUCCACUGUCUGCCAGCAUCCCUUCUGGUAAUUACCUCAAGAU